CAGCAGUCUUCCUGAGGGGCACAGAGUGGAUCAACUCGCUAGUAUUUGCUCACGGAUUCUUUGACUUUGCACAUAAAGACCACUCUGUGUUCCCAGUGUAUCAUGGCUUCAACUUCAAGCAAUCCCACUGUUGGGAGAGAUGCCAGUUCAAAGCUCAAGUCCAUGAAGCUACUUGAGGUUCUGAAUGCAUUGGAGGAGGAGGGUCCUAGCCACCGCAGGGAAGAGAUCUUCAUUGCGCCACCUGACAAUGCUUCAGGGGAUUUCACUGAUGAGGACUCAGGUGAUGAAGAUGGCCAGCGAGGCUCCCAUGUGCCCGGUAGUGUGCUGCAUGCCUCUGUUGUACCUGAGGACUCUGGCACUGAGGAGGAGGAUGACGACCUGCAGCCACCACCAGCCAUGAAGAGGCAGAAGGCAGUAGUGGAACCUCAGCGUGUUUGGAUCAAAAGAGAUAUCCAACCCAACUUCCGCAGCUGGACUCCAUCGGAUCCCCAUAUAGAGGAUCUCAAAAGCCAGGAACUGAGUCCUGUAGGCCUAUUUGAGUUGUUUUUUGAUGAAGGAACUAUUAAUUUUAUUGUUAAUGAAACCAAUCGUUAUGCUUGGCAAAAAAAUGUCAACCUUGGGCUCACAGCCCAGGAAUUAAAGUGUGUUUUGGGAAUUUUGAUUUUAAGUGGGUAUAUAUCCUAUCCAAGGAGAAGGAUGUUUUGGGAAACAUCUCCUGAUUCACAUCAUCAUCUUGUGGCUGAUGCAAUUAGAAGGGACAGAUUUGAACUGAUCUUUUCAUACCUGCAUUUUGCAGAUAAUAAUGAGCUGGAUGAAAGUGAUAGGUUUGCCAAGGUCAGGCCUCUCAUUGUCCGAAUGAAUUGUAAUUUCCAGAAGCACGCACCCUUGGAAGAGUUCUAUAGCUUUGGGGAGUCCAUGUGUGAAUACUUUGGACACCGGGGAUCCAAGCAGCUGCCAGCAGGGAAACCCAUGCGUCUGGGCUACAAGAUCUGGUGUGGGACAACCAGCAGGGGCUAUCUGGUGUGGUUUGAGCCCUCACAGGGCACACUGUUCACCAAGUCAGACAGGGGCUUAGACUUAGGAGGUAGUAUGGUGGUAAAAUUUGUGGAUGCUCUUCAGGAGCGUGGCUGUUUGCCAUACCACAUAUUUUUUGACAAGGUUUUUACAAGUGUCAAACUCAUGUCCAUUUUGAGGAAAAAGGGGGUGAAGGCCACAGGAACUGUUCGUGAAUACAGGACUGAGCGAUGUCCCCUCAAAGAUCCCAAAGAACUUAAGAAAAUGAAGAGGGGUUCAUUUGAUUAUAAAGUUGAUGAGAGUGAGGAGAUUAUCGUGUGCCGCUGGCAUGAUAGCAGUGUGGUUAACAUCUGCUCUAAUGCUGUGGGCAUAGAGCCAGUGGAGCUGACCAGCCAUCAUUCAGGAAUAGCCAAAACACGGACCCAAGUCUAUCAACCAUCCCUGGUGAAACUGUACCAGGAGAAAGUGGGGGGUGUCAGCCGGAUGGACCAGAAUAUUGCUAAAUACAAGGUAAAGAUCCGGGGCAUGAAGUGGUACUCAAGCUUCAUUGGCUAUGUCAUUGAUGCUGCCCUCAAUAAUGCUUGGCAACUACACAGGAUCUGCAGCCAUGAUGCCCAGGUAGACCUCCUGGCCUUCCGGAGAUAUGUGGCCUGUGUGUACCUAGAGAGCAAUGCUGACAUGUCCUCCCAAGGGAGGCGAAGCAGACGGCUGGAAACUGAGAGCCGCUUUGACAUGAUUGGUCACUGGAUCGUCCACCAGGACAAGAGGACUCGGUGUGCCCUUUGCCACUCGCAGACCAACACCCGCUGCGAGAAAUGCCAGAAGGGUGUCCAUGCCAAGUGUUUCAGGGAGUACCACAUUCGGUGAUGCAGAAUGGACAGAGGGAGCCCUGUGGAUGUUUGGUUUAUAAUGAAAUGUUUACAGCUAAUUUCAUAAAGCAGAUGGAGCACUUGUGUUUUAUUUGUGUUGGAAAAACAACACCUGAAUCGCUAAUGAUUUGGUCUUGUAUUUUCUACCCACCUCCAUUACAGUUAUCUUUUUAUUGUCUUCUGUGAUACCUACAUGUAACAUAAAUUAAUAUUUAUAUUGGUAAUUAUAGAUGUUUGUAAAUCUA